AUAGUUUGUUGGAUCAUGACAGAAUACUAUACUGUAGUUACGAAAGCGUAAGCAUCCGACAGAAUGUAUUCAUAGUUUGCCUGCUUGUUACUUUGUUUAAAUUCGUGUUCGUGAAGGAUCUGGAACUGAGUGUCGCAUGAAAAGCGAUUAAACAGUAUAUUUUAUGGUUAUCAUAAUAUCAUAUAUAUUUCUGAAAAUGUUGGACAUGCGUCUCGACAUAACCUCACUUAGCGGCUUAAUCUCAUCUAAUCUAAAAAUAGUUCAGGCUUCAGAAUUAUUUUGAAGUUCACGAUUCAAUCCAAAGUGGCGCCUAAACUAAGAAAUCCGAGUAAUGUUUGGCAGUUUUUCGUCAAAAUUUCGAUUGGUGGCUAAUGUAAAAUUAGCAACACAGAUGUAAAGGAAGGUGGAUCUGGUGUAAAUACAACAAAUUUAAAAAAUCAUUUGUUACGAAAUCAUUCUGAGAAUCCAUUAGUCAGAAAGGAAAUUAUGAGAAGUUCAGAAGACAAGAAUGAGAGAACUCAACAAUUAAAUGACGCGAUUUUCCAGAAGUAGCUUCAACUUCAGGUGCAUCAUCAAUGUUAUUUUGACCGAAAAGUUCACCUAUGGAUUUAACUCAAGAUUCACCGACUCCUACUUCUUUUUUUCGCCAUCUUUCAAACAAUCAGAAAUGUAUGACAGGUCCGAAAGCGGAUUUUCUUCUUUGAAUAGAAAGUCUGUUCUACAGCCAACAAUCGACUAUGAUUUCAAGCAAGUGAAAUCAUUUGAAGAAGGAGGCUCGAAGUAUGGACAAAUGACAAAUGCAGUUCUCUAUAUGAUCGCUAAAGAUAACUUGCCACUAAACACUGUAGAAAAAGAAUGUUUUAAAUAUCUGAUAAAGACAACUAUUCCGUUAUACUCUAUACCUUCGCGAAAAAUAAUUAAAAGACGGGUGGAUUAAAAAUAUUAUUUUUUGUCUGAGUGUGAAAAAAAGAAACUUGAAACUGUUGAUCAUUUUUCGAACACAGCUGCUUUAUGGACCGAUACGCUGAAUACUGCCUCAUACUUGGGGAUGACUGCACAUUACUUAUUUGGAAAUGCCAAAUUUGCCUCCAAUGUUAACUGCAAAUGAACUACACCCAGUGAAAGAUAUUGUUGAGGCAUUGCAUCCUCUCGAAGCCGUAACAAAAGAAAUCUGCGGGGAGCUGUAUGUUACGUGUAGUAAAGUUAUUCCUAUCAUCAGUUGUUUAAUAAAACAAAUUGAAUCACUUCGGCAAAAAGCACAAACAGAAACUGCGCUAACUUUAAUAAAACGAUUGCAAUCUAACAUUUGAAAGAGAUUUGGAAAGAUAGAGGGCAAUCGCAUUUUGGCGGUGUCAACAAUCUGGAUCCUCGAUUCAAUCGACUACACUUUUCAUCGACACUAUUAGUCGCUUGUUCACAAGCAUUUAAUUAUAUUUCUAAGUGUAUAAAAGAAAUUGAGCGUUCAAAUAAGACUGUGGACUCGAAAUUUGAAGGUAUUCUUGGAGAAGAACAGUCUAGUGCAGAUGACUCUAAUAAUUUAUGGUCACAUCACGAAAAACUCCUGAAAGUUCAAAGUACAAUUUUCGAAGAAAGAAGUUAAGAUGACAUGCCAACUGACUUACAACAUCACCUGAAUUAACCGCUGGCAAAACUGCAUAAGAAUCGAACAGACUUUCACCAGCCCACUUGCAAAAACUCUUAUUCUUAAAUUCUUUAUCA